AUGGGCAAGAAAGACUACAAAGGAACCAUCCUUGAUGGAAGAGACUCCUUUGACAGCUGGAAGAUGGAUCUUGAAGAUAACUUGUUGAGUGACGAUCUUAUGAGCUGCGUCACCGGUAUGGCAACAGCGGAAUCGUCAGAUUUAUCAACGCCAGGAGAGAAUGCUGCGGACGUUAAAAAUGUCUCUCUUGCGAGAAUGAAAAUACGACAGAGUAUUGACCAGAUCCACAAGAACUCAGUCAACCAUCUCACCGAUCCACGAGCAAUUUAUCAAUCCCUCGUUAAGCGAUAUGCGACAUCGAACAAAGCGCGCCUUCGACAGCUGAUCCGAACGCUAUACGACGUUAGUACGCAGACGAAUAAAACUGUGCAGGAGAAGGUUGACGACCUAAAGCGACUUCGAGCUCAGAUUAAUAGCCAAGACAAGGACAUUGUUAUUCAUGAACAGCUAUUGAUUUGCUUCUUGCAAAUGAGCAUGGACGACUCUUUUAACACUACGAUCGAGAUCUUGAACGCCUCGACAGAGACGUUGACAAUGGAAAAGGUGCAGAGCUCUCUGGAAAGCAAAGAGUUGGAACUCGUCGAUACUACAAUCAAGGGAGAAACCGCACAAUUCGCGGGUCGUGGCCGCAGUGCAUGGAACAAAGGGAACAACAGGUCCAAAGCACAGGAUGGUGGCGAUGAUAGCAAGGAGGAGUAUCUGAAGAAGGCAGGGGGGUGCUGGUCUUGUGGCGUUUGGGUUUAUUUCUCUAGAGACAAAACGAGAAUUACCGACAAGAUCAAAGCCUGGGUAGUUGUUGCAGAGGCAGAGUGUCGCGAGUACGGAAAAGGCGAAAAGGUCAAGGCGAUGCGCUUUGAUCGCGGGAAGGAGUUUCUAAACGAGGCAAUGAAGGUAUUUUGCACGGGGAGAGCUAUUCGGACCGAACCAACAGUGGGCUACCACCCGGAGGGGAAUAGUAUCUCUGAGAGGAGCAUGAGAACCAUAUCAGAGAGGGGGUCUGCUAUGCGCCACGAAAUGGACCUCCCGGCAGCAUACUGGGAGUUUUCGAACGCAACAGCGGCCUAUCUGAGAAAUAGGGGAGUUGUCAUGAGUAAGCUCAUCGUCAGAGUCAGGCGUGCGGCGUACGGCACGCUGAUACGCUCGUGGCAUCGCUGUGCCAGGCUCGUACGAAUCGCCAUUGGCUUGAAGGUAUUCCAACCCCCGUUUGGUCACAUCAGCAGCGCUGCCGGCGGUGUUGACGGUAGCAGCAGCAGCUUUCCCUCCAGCCUUGCCCCCAGCUUCGGGGCUCGAGCCCUAACGACGCUCCACUCGAUUCACUACCCGUACGCGGUAAAGGCCGGCCAAAGGGCUCAUCCAACCUCGAGAAAGGUGCCUGCAGCACAAGGCGUAAACCCUCUGCACAUGAGAUCCAGCACCACUGUUAACGCCGCCGAUGUGACGAGGCAGGCGUUGGAAUACAUUUACGCUAAUGGCGACUCAUACGAGCCAGGCACAGAGAUGCCACGGGCAUAUCAGCGGCACCGCACGCCUGACUCUGACAAUGAGCUUGCCGGCGCAGGCGAGACGCAGGGCACAAUUCACUGUUAUCAGGCCACGCAGCAGGCUACGCAGUGGAAUACGCAGCGGAUUACGAUGCCUUCAACCCAUCGCGGUCACAAAGAAGAGGAUACAGAGGAUGAAGAUGACCCCCUAGCCGAUUUUGAUAUGAUGGACGAGGAGAUGGAGGAAGAGGAUCUUCUGCAGCCUCAGAACUCUCUGCAGGCUGCCUUUUUGUCUAGCCCGUCGGGGCCCUUAGCUGUAUACCCCUUAUGGUCACGUCACCCCGAGCUCAAGAUCUCAGACGUGCUUCGCGACAGAUCUCGGGGGUGGCUGCGCCCCCCCACUUUUUCCCAGGACACCGUCCUGAGUCAGGACGGAGCAUCAGCAAGCAGGGAACCUCUAGAGGUCCUACGAGCGGUUUCGCAACAUCAACAGUGCCAGGUCCCGUCCUCGAAGGCACCAGGCAGCUGGGAUAUUUUGCAGCGCAACCAGAAGAUCGAGAGAAAGCCGCCGAAGAACGCUAAGGCUGGCUAUCCUAUAUGCCCGAGCAGGAGCAGCUACCGUCUCGUCUUUACCGCCGGCCGCGCGGCGCUCUACGUUCACAAACGACACGACAUCGGGUCGUGGACCAGCGAUGGAGGCGUCGACUGGUGCAGCGUCACCUCCAUCAAGCCUAACACUACGAUAUUCUCUGUCUACUCCCCGAUCUAUGUCAGGGAGCCUAAUAGGAGCCCGCUGCCCGCCUUCGCAUCGAGCACGCCGUGCCAUAGAGCCGCCUUCGUCGGAGACUUCAAUAUCCACCAUCCCGCUCUGGGACAUCCAUAA